AUGUUCAAGCUUACAAUCGUCAUCUUUGCUUUAAUUGCUUACGCUGCUGCCAAACCAGGUUUAAUUGGUGCACCUUUAACUUAUACUGCACCAGCAGCUGUUAUAGCUGCACCAGCACCACUCAUCACAGCCACAAGUAAUCAAGUUGUGGCUAGAACUUUCAAUGGAAUUGCUGCUGCACCAAUUGUGGCCGCCGCUCCAGUUGCACCAGUAGCUAGAAUUGUUGCACCAGCACCACUUGCGGCUGCUCCUAUUGCACCAAUUGCACCAGUAGCCAGAGUUAUUGCCCCAGUUCCAGCACCACUUGCGGCUGCUCCUAUUGCACCAAUUGCACCAGUAGCAGCACCUCUAGCAGCUGCUGCUUCAUUGGCACCUUUAGCUUAUUCUGCACCUCUAGUAGCACCUAGACUUGCUGCACCACUAGCUUAUGCACCAUCAUAUCCAUCACAUUUACACUAUACCGCUGCAUCUCCAUACUCUUAUGUACUUUAA